GGAAGCAGAUUUCUGGUUCUUCCAAACAAACUUUUCAGAUGACCAUCUUGAAGCGAAAGGGGACGAAGGCGUGUCGGUUCUGAUCCAACCACCUCCAGAAAGUUACAGUAAGACUCCAGCCAGCCAGCCACCAUGUCCAGCAAGCGGGCGAAGGGGAAGACCACCAAGAAGAGGCCCCAGAGGGCCACCUCCAAUGUCUUCGCCAUGUUCGACCAAUCCCAGAUCCAGGAGUUCAAGGAGGCCUUCAACAUGAUCGACCAGAACCGCGAUGGCUUCAUCGACAAAGAGGACCUCCAUGACAUGCUGGCCUCUCUGGGUAAGAACCCAUCGGACGAGUACCUGGAGGGGAUGAUGAAUGAGGCUCCGGGGCCCAUCAACUUCACCAUGUUCCUCACCAUGUUCGGAGAGAGGCUCAACGGCACCGACCCUGAGGAUGUCAUCCGCAACGCCUUCGCCUGCUUCGACGAGGAGGGAACUGGCUUCAUCCACGAGGACCACCUACGGGAGCUUCUGACCACCAUGGGCGACCGAUUCACAGACGAGGAGGUGGACGAACUCUUCCGCGAGGCACCCAUCGACAAGAAGGGCAACUUUAACUACGCCGAGUUCACCCGCAUCCUCAAACACGGCGCCAAAGACAAGGAUGACAUGUAGAGACCCCGCCCCACCACCAGCCCCCUCCCACCCCCAAAAUGUCAACACAGCAGCACAAAAUGGAGACCACUGCAAACACACAGGGGGGGAGAGUCCAUUAAUCAUGCCGAAUCUCAACCCUUCUGUAACCAUUCCUGAACAGGUUACAUAGUGAUUGAGCCAUCUCAACACUGAACGAUCUACUCAAAGGGUCACUAACUAAGGGUAUGCGAGCUUGAUGGAAUGUGCAGAUACAAGAUGUUUUGGACCAAAAAAAGGUAAAGAUAAAAUGUUUCCUGGACCAGCAAAUGCGGUCACGUAUCGGACAGUAUUAGACGGGUCCAAAACAGUUCCGUUCUAGUGAUUUACUGCAUUUGUCAUAAGAAGACAAGGAAUGAAGAGGUUGGGAGGGCGUCCCAAGCUUUUGCAUUUAGAAACAAGGUUAGUUUCAUCCACCACAGCCAUUCACCUCAUAGAUGCAGCCAUCUAGUCGAUUAUAAAAACUGCUCAGAUUUGUCCGAUACACUCACUACAUUUAUUAAAGACAAGCUGACACAGGAGUUCAAGCAGAACAAGCUUCCAUGAUAUGACGUAUACAGGAGUGAAAUUUAUUUUUCUGGGGCGCAGGGCCGAUUUGACUGAUGUCAAAUAAGCAUGUGUGAAAAGAAUACUGAUUGGGGGGAAAGGACAUUACGACAUACACACCCACUUGUACACGUUGACUUAAAAUCUUUUUUUCCAAGUGGAUGGAAAUAAAUAUAUAUAUAGUAUAACAAUUUUAAAAAAUCUUUUGUUAUACAUUAAGAUGUGUUUAUAUGGUUAUGAAGAAUUAACUAAAUUGAGGAAAAAGUGAAUUUUGAUUUCAGCUUGUCUUUAAUGCAGGAAAUCUGGUCCUUAAAUUCUGUAUGUAAAAAUCUGCUGGAAAAACAGAUAGGAAAUGUAAGACUCUAGUAACCUGUAAAAAGGAAUCACAGUGAUUUUGAGCACAGCUAUUAUCAGCUUCAGCACAUUGGUUAAAUGAAGUCAUAUUCCAAAUGGUCUGUUCAGAAUUGUCCCCAGUUUCGACUUCACAACCGGGCUCCAGUCAUUUGCAUAAGCCCACCCUUGGUCAGCCUCAUUUAAGAAUAAGAUAACGCCCACCUUUUUGUGAUUCAGCAUCUGCAACCACAGAGUGUAAUCACAAAUUAGCAAGCAAAUCAGAUUUCUAGCAAUACUGGCCAUUCACAAAGGAUAAUUUUGCCCAACUAGCUUGCUGGCUAAAGAAGUUAUUAUAGCACUGAAGCUAAGUAAUCAGCUAUAGCUAGUUAACUGUAGGAAGGCCUGUAUGGUGGCAGCGUACUUAAAGGAAUGCAUUUAGCUACAACAGACUUGAAGGAACAAAAAUAUUGAAUCACUUUGCUGGAUUUGUUAGUAUGUCUACUGAGCUAACAUUAGAGAUCUAGUGUAAUUCACAACUGCUAGCUAGCUAGUUAAGACAUCUUAGCUACUAGUGACCUUUAGGCUAGAGAGGCAAGUAAAUAAACUAAUGCACCAGUAACUAUACAACAUACACAAGUGCAAAACCAAGUGUUGCGCAGUGCAAUCAUUUGAUUGCAUUGUAACCAAUAAGGUGUUGAUACAGCACAUCUGGCAGCCGACUCCGGAGUUAGACCAGCGGAUUUACUGACGUUUGUCCAAUUCUCUGGAGCGGGAGUGUGGACAGGAUAUAGGAGGAGUGCUCGUGUCAUUCCCAGUCAGUUAACCAAUCAACACAGAGCUUGUGGGGGGGAAAAGAAAACCCCCAAAAUGAUCUGUUCAGCUCAAAUAGGGUAGGUAAAAACUACCCUCCAAGUGCUGCAAUUGGGUUUCCCUUAUAAUGAACCUUAUUAAUGUGUGACCUUGUAGAAUAAUAAAAAAAUUGUAUAUUGGCAUUUUUUUGUCUUUUUGAAAAAUCAUCCCUCCCUCCAAGUCUUGAAUUGUGAAACUGCUCCCUUGUCAAGUUGUAGUUUCAGUGCGGUUGGCUCAUUUUGACCCGAACAUUAUUUGGACGCACCGAUUCCAGAAGACAGAAUAUGAAUGCGUGUUUACAGAGUACCUGCCUCAUUCCAAAUGCUCAGCAUGGAAAUUUUAACUUUUCACUCUACAUUUUCUUAAUGUCGUCAGCCUUUGUGUUCUGUUCAAUAAAACCCAAUUCCUUAAA